GCGCACGCUUGUAUUUCUUCAAUGCUCACUUUGUAAAGCGUCGUUUCCUUGUUCCGCGUUCUGGCUCUGUCUAUAAUUCAAGCAAAUUUUGAUAACAUAAAUCAUAUAAUAUGAAAAUUGAGGAGGUUAAGAGUACUACAAAGACACAGCGGAUUGCAGCGCAUACUCAUGUCAAAGGACUGGGAUUAUCAGAUGACGGUAAACCUCUUCAGACAGGAUCGGGUCUCGUUGGCCAAGAAGAUGCCAGAGAGGCAUGCGGCAUUGUUGUGGAGUUGAUUAGAAGUAAGAAAAUGGCUGGACGAGGAAUUCUGCUAGCUGGACCGCCUGGAACUGGGAAAACAGCUCUUGCUUUGGCCAUCGCACAAGAACUUGGAAACAAGGUUCCGUUCUGUCCUAUGGUUGGUAGUGAAGUUUACUCAACAGAAAUCAAGAAAACUGAAGUUUUGAUGGAAAAUUUUCGACGAGCAAUCGGACUUCGAAUCAAAGAAACCAAAGAAGUUUAUGAAGGAGAAGUUACUGAGGUUACACCACAUGAAACCGAGAAUCCUAUGGGAGGAUAUGGGAAGACAAUCAGCCAUGUAGUGAUUGGUUUAAAAACAGCAAAAGGAACAAAACAACUAAAACUUGAUCCUUCGAUUUAUGAAAAUAUACAAAAAGAUAAAGUUGAAGUCGGCGAUGUUAUUUAUAUUGAAGCUAAUAAUGGUGCAGUUAAGAGACAAGGAAGAUCAGAUACAUAUGCAACAGAGUAUGAUUUAGAAGCAGAAGAAUAUGUUCCAUUACCUAAAGGAGACGUUCAUAAGAAAAGAGAGGUUAUUCAAGAUGUGACGUUACAUGAUCUUGACGUUGCGAAUGCCCGACCACAAGGUGGACAAGACGUCAUGUCAAUGAUGGGUCAGUUAAUGAAACCUAAGAAAACUGAAAUCACAGACAAACUUCGAACUGAAAUCAACAAAGUUGUCAAUAAGUACAUUGAUCAGGGAAUAGCGGAACUUGUUCCAGGUGUUUUAUUCAUCGACGAAGUUCAUAUGUUGGAUAUCGAAUGCUUCACGUAUUUGCAUCGCGCUCUCGAGUCUCCGAUCAGCCCUAUCGUUAUCUUUGCUACAAACAGAGGACACUGUACUAUAAGGGGUACGGAAGAUGUUGUGGCUCCUCAUGGAAUUCCCCUUGAUUUACUCGACAGAAUUAUGAUCAUCAAGACUUUGAUAUACACAUAUGAAGAAAUGGUCAGCAUCAUUGGUAUCAGGGCAAAGGUAGAAGGCAUUCAAGUCACAGAGGAUGGUUUACAAAAACUUGGAGAAGUUGGUGGAAAGACGUCACUUAGGUAUGUCACUCAACUCCUGACACCCUCCAGUAUCUUGGCCCGAAUUAACGGCAAAGACGCGAUAACCAAGGAAGACGUGGAAGAAAUAAAUGAACUAUUUUUCGAUGCAAAAUCGUCAGCGAAAAUUCUGGCAGAACAAGGAGACAAAUAUAUGAAAUGAAAACUUGAUUUCAUUAGAAAUUGUGGGUUCGGAUUCUCCAUGAGUCUCUGAGAUUGCUUUUUACAGGGUGUCCAUAUAGUCUUGAAAUUUUCUAAAAUUGCAAAGGGGAUUCAUCGAGACCUAAUAUUGUUUUGGCCCUCACAGAUGUAUUAAACGAAGUAAAAAUACUUUACAAUAAUUAAUUAAAAAAUAACAAACCUGGUUAAGAUGUAUUGAGAACUGAUUUCAUAACUAAAUUGAAAGGGACUUUAUGGACACCCUGUGUACAGCAGAAUUUUAAGCGUCCGGACUCGCCUGUUGUAUGACAUCUUUUUUUGUUGAGAAAUUUUCAUGUUUUACUCAUUAGUUGCUCUUGUAAAUAAUCUUUCCAGGUUUAUUCACUUGAUUGCUACAGUAGAAUCAGGACCAAAGAGAAUUGAAUAAUUUCAAACAAUACCUUUAUCUAACAGGCUCGUGAUAGACUCUAGUGACCAAUGGUCGACACUACCUUGCUCUGUAACUUGUAUUUUCCAAUGUACAGUACAUUGGGAUUGCUUGGGAAUAAAUUUUGUAGGUUUUUGUAAA